AUUGCAACGAAAAAAAUAAAAUCUAAUAACUUGCAUCUCUGUCUUUUUUUUUUUUUUUUAAUGAUGGCGCAAACACCACGACCGAUCAAAGUCCAUGAAGUUUACAGGGUAUCGCCGUCACAAACCACCACCUUACCCCUCACCUUCUUCGACAUAAGAUGGCUAAGGCUUCAACCAGUUGAGCGUCUCUUCUUCUACGCAUUCCCAAACCCAACCAUUUCUUUCUUUGACUCUCUUCUUCCCAAUCUCAAACGCUCCCUUGAACUCACUCUCCAACACUUCUUCCCCCUCGCCGGUAACAUCACUUGGCCACAAGAUUCUCCGAUUCCUAUCAUCACCUACGUCCCCGGACAUGACUCCGUUUCUCUCAUUGUUUCAGAGUCAAACGAUGGCUUUGACCACAUUUCCUCUGACUUCUGUGAGGUUUCCAAACGACGCCGUUUGGUACCUAGCUUGACUGUUUCCGACGACAAAGCCUCUUUGCUCGCAUUACAGGUUACUCUCUUUCCAAACUCCGGCUUCGUCAUCGGAAUAACAACUCACCAUGCAGGUGUCGAUGGAAACUGUUCAACGGUUUUUGUAAAAGCGUGGGCGUACGCGUGCUCCAAGAUCAUGGAACAUCCAUCUCUCUCAACUUUGCCAACGAUAUCGUUACCUGAAAAUCUAACACCGUUUCUUGAUAGAUCCGUUAUAAAGGACGCGAAAGGACUCGCCCAAUUGUUUUCUGACACGUGGAUGAACUUCUCUGGACCAAACAAUAGGAUCGUCAGGCUCCGGGAAAACAAAAACAACCGUGAAGAAGUCCAGCUCGAUAAUAAUGAAUCGGUUAAAGGCGUGUUUGAAUUGAAGCCCUCGCAUAUUCAGAAGCUCAAGAAUUAUGUGAAAUCCAAAACCGGCAUCGUUAAGGUUUCAACUUUUUCUGUUACAGUUGCUUAUUCAUUAUCAUGCUUAGUGAAAGCAGAACAACCAGAGCAGGAGCAAGUUGCUCUUGUGUUCCCUGUGGAUUGUAGAUCAAGAUUGGAACCAGUGGUUUCUCCAACUUAUUUUGGUAACUGCCUCUUAGGGCGUUUGGUUUCGGAAGAGACAGAGAAGGUGAUGGCAAGCGAGGGGUUCGUUACCGUGCUGAAAGGGAUAAGCGAGGUUUUGAAUGGGUUGGAGAGUGGAGUUUUGAAUGACGUAGAGAAAUGGAAGAGGAAGAUUGAAUCUGUUUUUUUGGAAGGAAAGAGAGCGUACUCCGUUGCUGGUUCAACCCGGUUCGGGGUUUAUGGGGUUGAUUUUGGAUAUGGAAGGCCUAAGAAAGUUGAUGUUGCUUCGGUGGAUAAAACCGGAGCUUUUGCACUUUCUGAGAGUAGAGAUGGUGAUGGUGGUGUUGAGAUUGCUUUGGCUUUGAAGAAGGAACAAAUGGAGGUUUUUUCAUCUCUUUUUUAUGGUCAAUUUGAAUUUUUUGAUAUAUCUUGAAACUUGAAUAGUAAAUUCUAGUAAGUUUA